GACAGGCUGUCCCACGUUCUGCUUAUGCAAAAACAGUGCGGCGCCGUGGAGCUGACGGAGAAAUGUAAACUCGGUCUGAAAGCCGAGACCCAGAAUGUACCUUCCCCGUACAAUAAGGAGUUAAUAGAAGAGGAUUUAUUAAGGGAAAUUGAAGACCUGCGUUCAGAAAAUGACUAUCUCAAGGACGAGGUGGACGAGCUGCGGGCGGAGAUGGAGGAGGUGCGGGACAGCUACCUGGAGGAGGAGGUGUACCAGGUGCAGGAACUGCGGCGCGAGCUGGACCGGGCCAAUAAGAACUGCCGCAUCCUGCAGUACCGUCUGCGCAAGGCCGAGCAGCGGAGCCUGCGGGUGGCCCAAACGGGCCGGGUCGACGGGGAGCUUCUCAGAAGCCUGCAGCAGGACCUGAAGGUGGCCAAAGACGUCUCUGUACGCCUGCACAACGAGCUGGAGAGUGUGGAGGACAAGCGGUCGCGGGCCGAGGACGAGAAUGAGCUGCUCCGUCAGAAGAUCAUCGAGGUGGAGAUCUCGAAACAGGCCCUGCACAACGAGCUGGAAAGAGCCAAGGAGAGCAUGCUUCGGCGAAGAGGAAGCCGGGAAGUGUUUAAGGAGAAGAAAUCGGUGUCGCAGGAGGACAGCGCAGACCUCAGGUGCCAACUGCAGUUUGCCAAGGAGGAGUCAGCCCUGAUGCGCAAGAAGAUGGCCAAGCUGGGCCGAGAGAAGGACGAGCUGGAGCAGGAGCUGCAGAAGUACAAGUCGGUUUACGGCGACGUGGACAGCCCACUGCCGGCAGCGGACAGUGGCGGCGGCCCUCACAGUACCCGGGAGGCAGAGCUGAGGCUGCGGCUCAAGCUGGUGGAGGAGGAGGCCAAUAUCCUGGGGAGGAAGAUCGUGGAGCUGGAGGUGGAGAACCGUGGCCUGCGGGCGGAGAACGAGGACAUCCGCAUCCAGUACGAGAGGGACUGCCUGGGGAGGGAGCCCCUGUCCAGCGUCCCCACCUCCCCGUACGGCGACGGCCUGGAGUCCGGGGCCGAGCUGCGGCGCCACCUGCAGUUCGUGGAGGAGGAGGCGGAGCUCCUCCGGCGCUCCAUCUCGGAGAUUGAGGACCACAACAAGCAGCUGACCUCCGAGCUCAACCGCUUCAAGUUUGGCCCGGGCCCGGAGGACGAGGGGUCCUCCAGGCCGGCAGGGGGUAGCGGAGCGGGGAACGGCGGGGCCGGGAGCCCCGGGUCUGCGGGGCUGCCUCUGCAGGAGGAGCUGAAGGCUGCCCGGCUGCAGAUCAACGAGCUGAGCGGGAAGGUGAUGAAGCUGCAGUACGAGAACCGCGUGCUCAUCUCCAACGUGCAACGCUGCGACCUGGCCUCGCACCUGGGCGUCCACGCGGCCAGCCCCCGGGACAGCGACGCCGAGAGCGACGUCGGCAAGAGGGAGAGCGAGGACGAGGGCCUGCCGCCGCCCCCGCCCCUGCCUCCGCCCCCGCACCCCAAGAGGGAGGGCCCAGUGGGCGGCGAGAGCGACUCGGAGGACCUCUUCGAGAAGACAUCGGGGUUCGGCAGUGGGAAGCCCUCGGAGAUCAGCCAGCUGAGCCCCGGGGAGCUGGCCCAGCGCAAGAGGGAGGACGCGGAGACGCUGGCCAGCGUGAAGCGGGAGGCGGAGCGCCUGGGCCGGACAGUGGACCGCCUCAUCACCGACACCGACAGCCUGGUGUACGACGGCCGGCUGGUGGUGUCAGGCAGUGAGGCGUUGGGGGUGGACUUCCCAGGCGACGGUGAGUCCGGCAGCGCUGGCGGCGCCGGGACCGAGCCCCAGGUGCUGGACGCUAUCAACAUGCGCAUGCGGGCCUUCCGGACCGAGCUGCACAUCUUCAUGGAGAAGGUGGAGCGCCUCGGCGACGGCCUACGGGAGCACGGCGAUGACCUCUCGCCCAUGCCCCACCUCACCGAGUCCAGCAGCUUCCUCUCGGGGGUCACCUCCAUGUCCCGUGACUCACCCAUCGGAACCCUGGGAAGGGACCUUGUCGCAGACCUCCAGCUUCGCGACACCCUUGCAUCAGAAGCCAGUACCCCAGCAAGGGAGGUCCAGGCCCGGCUGGAGCAGGAGCGGAGGAUUCGGCUGGAGGAGCAGGAGGGAUACCCUGGCCGCACAGCUCAGCAGGAGGAUGAGUGCAGGAAAGGUGAACUUGGGAGGAGCCUGGAGCUGCCGGGGCGGGGUCUAGAACUACAGGGGCGUGGCCUGGAGCCUGCAUGGGUCCAGGAGAGGGCGGUGCUUCAGCAGGAGCUCCGCCUCCUUCGGCACAGUACGGUGGUCUUUUACGUGAAGCUGCGGUCCCUGCUGACUCACUGGCGGCUGGCGCGCAGGGCAGACACCGGCACGGAGGGAGCCCUCUCGGAGUAUGAGGUGUUGGACACCAUUCCGGAGCUGGGGCUUCUGGCGGAGCAGGUGGAGGGGGAGGUGGAGAGAGAGGAGCACCACAGAGCUGGGGACACCUCCGCCCCGGGACCUCCCUCACACACCACAGAGGGGCUGCAGCAUCUGAGUCAGGUGGGUGACAGCCGGCGGCUUCUGCAAGCGCUGCGGACGCUGCUGGAAGACCUCCGCUUGGAGCUCCGGGAGGAGGAGCAGCACCGCCAGCAGCUCCAGCAGAGCUACGCCAAUGAGAAGGCUGCGUGGGAGGUGCAGUGGGCGGAGCUGAGGUGCCGCUUGGAUCAGCGGGAGGAGCCGGGGGGAGAGACGGAGGCGGGGGACGACAAGGAGCCGGCCGACCUGAAGGGGGUGCUGAGACGCGAGCGUGAGGAGCACCGGCGGCUCCUGGCGGAGAGCCACAACGCCGCCCUGGACCUGCGCUGGAGGCUGCAGCACGGCGAGAAGAGGUGGAGCCGCGAGAGGGUGGAGCUGCUGGAGCGCUUCGACCGCGAGCGGCAGGACUGGGACUGGCACCUGAGGGAGCUGCACCGCAAGAUGGAAAGGCUGCAGAGGGAGUUGAACGUCCGGCGAAGUGAGGGGACCCCGUCAGAUGCAAAGGAUGGGGGUCACUGGGUCUUCUCCCCCCAGGACAGCCCCCGGGCUCCCAGAUCUCCCAGGUCCCCCAGAUCCCCCUGCACCGCUGGUGCCACCCCCUUCACCGCCGCCCUCUCUGCACGCUCCCACUCGGACUCCGAGGCACCCCUGGAGGGCCGGGCGACCGCGGUCAGAGUGAAGGGCAGCGAGGGCCCCCGGCCCAUGGAGAGCCUGUUCCUGGAUGCCCUGUCCCUCGACCCCCUGAGCGAGAGCGAGGUGCCCGUGCCGUCCCGACUGGAGAGCGAGAAGAGGUUCCCAUGCCUGAAUGAGGCUCUGAAUGAAAAAUCGGACAGAAAGGGCCUGGCAGCUUUCCAGGAGGAAGAAAUGAGCGGUGGGAACCUCCUCAGGGCCAAGUCAGUGUGCUCCAUGAGCGAGUUCCAGCGUUUGAUGGACAGCUCGCCGUUCCUCCCCGACAAGAGCGCGCACGACGAUGGGAGGCGGGACGAGGUGACUCCACCCCUGUCACCUGAUGACCUGAAGUACAUUGAGGAGUUCAACAGCAAAGGCUGGGACUUCCAGGGCACCCAGACUGCAGGGGGCGCCAUGGCGGCUCCUGCAGAGGCCUGGGCAGAGAUGCCCGAAGGCCGGAGGAUGGAGCAGGGCUCAGAAGCAUUCCAGCCAGCCUCUUGGUACCUGACCACCAGCGCCACCUUGACCACCAACACCCUGAGCAGCCCCGAGCACUGCCAGAGGCCGCCGCCUAGAAGCUAUGGUGUCCGGGUCCUGCACAGUCCACCCCUCAGUCUCAAGCUCGAUCCCCCCGCCCCACCCAGCAGUGCCGAGAGACCUGGCACUGAGCCUGAGUUCAUGUUCUCCGUGACCAAAGCCAAGGGGGGUGAGGCAGCGGGACCGGCGGAAGAGGUGUUUGGGAGGUGGCCAUGCGACCUGCUUGAGGGCGGGCUCCGCCCCAUCGACCGGCCCAUCUGCUCUGCCGUGGGCUACGCCUCAUCCCUGGAGCUGGAGCUGUCCAGGAACCUGAGUGACGACAUGAAGGAGGUGGCCUUCUCCGUCAGGAAUGCCAUCCGCUCCAGCCCCGUGGACCGGCAGCUGAGGGACUCCGCCUGCCAGACCAACGGCUUCACCACCAGGGGGACGCAGACCACCCAGACCAUCAGCGUGGGACUCCAGACCGAGGCCCUCCGGAACAUCACCAGCAGCCCCCACCGGUGCCUCACGCCCAAGGGCGGCUCCACGCCCAUCUCCUCCCCAUCCCGCAGCACACGGAAGAUGCAGUACUCCCCAGUCAUCCAGACCAAGUUCGAGCGCCCAUGCUGCUCACCCAAAUAUGGCUCCCCAAAGCUCCAGAGGAAGCCACCCGCUAACGCGGCCAACUCUGCCGCUGCCCCUGCCGCCAAAGUGGACCAGCCCAGCAACAGCCGGGCGCCCACCCCGACCACACCCCAGAAGGGCUACAGCGAGUCGGCCUGGGCACGGUCCACCACCACCAGGGACAGUCCGGUCCACACCACCAUCAACGACGGCCUCUCCAGCCUCUUCAACAUCAUCGACCACACGCCCAUGGUGUAUGAUGCCCUGCAGAAGUUCACCCGGUCGCCAAGCCGCUCCCGGCCUGCCGAGGCCAGCGCUGGCACCAGCACUGCUGCCACUGAGCCACGGUCCACAGGCUUCGGCGUUGUGCAGGACUUCCUGAGAAACGUCAGGGGCCGGUCCCCGAGCCCAGUUCAGCUGAUCGUGGAGACCCAAGGGGACAAGAACCCGGAGGUCAUCAGCAUACGACAGGACCUGUCUGCCCCUCCGGGGUACACCCUCGCCGAAAACGCUGCCAGGAUCCUCAACAAGAGGCUGCUGGAGCAGGCCUUCCGGGAGGACAAAAGGAUUCCCCCCGCCAGCCAGCCCAAGCCCAGUGAGGGAGACAAGACCACACAGGGGCCCAUGGAGGACCUGCCGCGUUCUCCUGUGGCCCCGCCCCUGGAGUCCUGCUUUUUGAGACCCGCUCGGCCAGCCAAUCGGAGACCGCCUUCCCGCUGGGCGGCCCACUCCCCUUCGUCCUCCCCACGGUGGUCCCCGAAGCCCGAGAGGACGUUCCAUUUCCCGCCGGUGGAGGUCAGGCAGCUGUUGCCGGAAGCCGAAGAAGUCAACCAGGAGCUGUGACGUACACAAAAGGCCCCGCAGUGCCAGCUCCCCCAAAUGGGCCACACCUGUGCCAGUGCCACCGAAAACAUUCCGGCCUUGCUCAGCCCAACCCAGCUAUACCCUUACAACCACAGCCCACCCAGAGAGGGACUGAGACCCAGGAAACCAGCCUGACAACUACCCUGGGAGAGAGAUUACAUGCCAACCACUGAGAGAGACAGACCUGGAAUAUGCUGAAACAAACAAACAAGUUUAAAGGUGCCUGCA